AUGGCACUGGAACUGUGGAUCAGACUCAGUACUCUGAACUCAACUCUCCUGGAGAUCCUUCCACUGUCCCUCACGACGCCAGUUGGAGCGCUGUCUCGGUCGCCUCCAGCGCAUGGAAGAAUUCACCAACUGCUGGUGGCGCACAUAGCUCUACGACGCGCUGCCGGGUCCCUCCAGAAGCACUUUGGGUUGCCAGUGGCUGCCAUCAUAGCCUAUACCUUGUGGGGCGAAACGGACAGUGCGUACCAAGUACUCCUAGAGGUGCUGAGACCGGCGUGGUAUUCCAGAGAGCGCCUCUGUUCGUCAGCGACCAGCUCGACAAUGUGGUUCGUCUACGGCUGGAUCAAGCUGUCCACGGUGGCACUGGCAUGUGCGGCGAUCAGCGACACAGACGCGGCCACCGGGCUGAUCCUACUGAGGACGUCAGCAGAGUCAAGCGACCGGCGCUGCCCGGAUCUGGCAGCCUUCCUGCAGUGGACCACGUACAGUCCGCCGCUUUUCUUCAGCGCUGCUGGAUUCUUCAACGUCGACCGCUCGCUACUGGUCAAUGCACUUGCCGUUAUUAUCACUUACGUUGUCAUUCUGGGGCAGAUCACUCCGUCUGAAUGA